GUUUCAUUUCUCCACUUCAGAUGACAAAUUGUUUUUGUUUACUUCGCACUUUGGCUGUUUUCUGAUCAAAAAUCUAGAAAAAUUCACUAAGAAAAUGAUUGGGGAUAAUUUUGGGAUCCACAGAGGUGGUGUUCGCAAUACAGCAGUUGCCAAUGAAGAGCGAUCUGGGCAGGUUUUAAGUGAUUUCCUUGUGCAAUUGGAAGAUUACACUCCUACGAUUCCCGAUGCUGUGACCUCUUACUAUCUCAAUUCUUCGGGUUUUGAUACAUCCGAUCCGAGGAUCAUUCGUCUGAUAUCUAUUGCUGUGCAGAAGUUUAUUGCUGAUGUUGCCAAUGAUGCUCUGCAGCACUGCAAAACUCGAUCAAGUAACACUUCGAGUGGGAGUCACGCAUCCUCCAAGAACCAAAAAGGCUCCAAAGAUCGCAAAUACAAUCUGACAACGGAAGAUUUGGCUCCUGCUCUCAAUGAUUACGGAAUUACUGUCCGGAAGGCGCAUUAUUUUGUGUAAUCCUUUGAAUUAUAUAAUUUUCUUCAUAUGUUCUGAAUAAAGGUUUGCAAGUCAUA